AUGCGAUAUUACCACAUCAAAGUUUCAAAUACUGUAUCAUGUCCACCCCUACUUGCAACAACUUGUUGUGUGUUCAUUUCAAUAGGAGUUACCAGAAUUAUCUCGUGGAAUCUUGCAACCAGAAAGUAUAGAUUCCUUGAAUCCCCUGAUUGUGACUCCUUUUAUUCUUAUCUUUUCUUCCCAUAUAUAAUGCUUGGUUUUGUCCCUGAGACUGACGAUUACAAGGUUGUCAAGGUUCCAUCAUCUAGUAGGAACGAUAGUAACGCUAAGGUUUGGGUUUACACACUGAAUUCGGAUUCUUGGCAAGAGAUGGGUGUUGUUCUUCCUGGUUUAUAUCCUAAGGGUGGGUCUGCAAUUUCUCUUAAUGUCUGCUUGUAUUGGAUGUCAUAUAGUAAUGAUAAUGGACUGGAUAUAAUUAUUUCUUUUGAUUUGUAUAACUAA